GCAUUUGCGAAUAUCGAAUUGGAUUAUGAAUCUUUGUGACAGGCAAGGGGAACUCAAGUUGAGUUCAAUCGAACUGUUAACAGCGACUUGACCCCAUUUCGCUCGAACUCUCAUCUAAAAUAGAACCGCCGCCAGGUGCCCGGUUAAGAGAUACUUAAUUAUGACGGCGCCGCCUCGAGACCCGUUGCGAAAGUCUUCGUUUUGAGUAGCCAACCAAUCUGGUCAACAGUUGCCUUUGAACACGUAACGGCAACGGGUCAAAUCAUGGCAAAUCUACGGAAGAUUGUCUUGCUGCUUCUGGUGGCGCUUCUUGCUCUGGCUGCCAUCAGCGGUGCCUCGGCUCAGAAUAAGAAUAAGAAACAGCAGCAACAGCAACAGCGGCCCAAGCCGGCAAAUCCCAACAGGCGCCCCAAGCCGCACCUGGCGCAAAGACCAGUAAAUCAAAGACCAAACAAAAAGCAGCCGAACAAGCCCAGUUCCAAGGUGUUUACCACAACGGUGCCGGAUCUGGGCAAGAUUCGUGGCCGCACUUUGCUCACGGAAUGGACUGGCCAGAAGGUGAUGCAGUUCCUAGACAUCCCAUACGGCAAGGCGGAACGCUUUAAGCCAGCGGAAAUGGCGGCACCUUGGAAGGGCAUUCUGCAAGCACAUCGUAAUCAUGCCGGCUGCCCCUCUAUCCAGGAUUUGGUGAAGUUCGCCAAAAUGGAGGAGAACGGCGUUGAUGUGGAGGACUGUCUGCGCCUGACAGUCAAUACCAAAUCGCUAACGGGUAAACUAGCUCCAGUCAUGGUCUAUGUUCACGGUGACUUCUUCUAUGACGGCGACACUGUGGAGGCGGCACCUGGCUAUCUGUUGGAGCAGGAUGUGGUUUUAGUGUCGGUGCGCUAUCGUCUGGGUCCCUUCGGCUUCCUCUCCACGCUGAGCGACGAAAUGCCCGGCAAUGCGGCGGUGACUGAUCUGAUCUUGGCACUGAAGUGGAUCAAUGAGCACAUUGCGGACUUUGGCGGCGAUCCGGAGCGAGUGACUCUGUUCGGCCAGGUGGGCGGAGCGGCGCUCAUUAAUGUGCUCACCUUGAGUCCGGCUGUGCCAAAGGACCUCUUCCAUCGCGUCAUCUAUAUGUCCGGCACAGCGCUAUCGCCGGCCUUCAUCACGGACUCCCCGCUGGCGACGACCAAGGAAAUCGGACGCAUAGCCGGCUGCAAGCAGCUAGCCAAGAUGGACUCCCUGCACAAGUGCUUCAAUCGCAUGAAUGCCACCAUGCUGCUGGCUGCCUUCAGUGUGUAUGGCGAACAGAAGCCCCUAGUCGCCGCCGGCGCCUACGGUGGUGUCCAGCUGGUCAUUGGCGGACCGUCGGGCAUUCUGCCACAGCAUCCGGGUCGACUGCUUGCCGCCGAGAAGUUCACGGCCUAUCCCACUUUGGGUGGCAGUGUCAAGCAUGGCGGCACUUUCCUGAUGAGGGAUCUAUUCGUGGACAGCUUCAAUGAGACCACUUCCGAUGCCAAGAUGACCGGCGAGAAGUACAUUGAGACAAUCAUUCAGCAGAUUAAUGGCGCCGAUCCCACGAGCUCUUGGCGGGAGUUUGCCGAGGAGUAUAUUUUCAGUGCAGAGGAGAUCCGGAAUGGCAGCUUCAAGCGCCUUACGCCGGGUCUCAUUGAUCUGUGCAGCACGAUUGCGCUGAAGAAUCCCGUGCUGCUGGUGCUCCAGGCCAACGCAAAGAAGAUGCCCAACAGCACCUACCUCUAUACCUUUGACUAUGAGGGCGAAUUGAAUCGCUACGCCACAGGCGAGGAUGAGGCCAUCGACGUGCCCUUCGACAUGGGCGUCAGCUUGACCGAUGAGAAUCUCUAUCUGUUCCCUUGGCCGCGCAUCAAUGUGAUUAACGCCAACAGCGAUGUCAAGAUUGCCAAGCGCAUGGUUGCCCUCUGGACCUCGUUUGCGGCCAACGGCGUGCCCGAGGCGGCGGGUGUUCCGGCCUGGCCAGCCAUGAAUGACGAAACUGGUCCAUAUAUGCAUAUCGGACGUACAGUUAGCUUCGGGGACAAUUACCUGGACGAGUACAGCAUUGGGGUGCAGGAGGUGAAGCAGGGCUACAAUCUCGUCAAUGAGGAUUACUACGAACUGGAGGCAGUGCUGCGUGAUGUUCUCAACAAGGAAGAAGAAGCAGACGCAGCCGAAGAGACAAACGAAGAAGAGGACGCGGAGCAGGAGGAAAGCAACGAGGAAACCGAAGCCAAUGAGGCGCGUGGCCAGAACCUGGUUUUCAUAGCUAGAAAAUCGGCUCGCAUACACAAUUAAUUUGCACGAAUCCGAUAGAAAUAUGUAAAUAAGU